GGUGGCGAUGGGCUGAGGUGCCAAAAGAUGGAAAAGGGGCAUUUCUCAGGGUCCUCCAAGGGAGCAACCUGAGGUGCACAGAGUGGCCUUGUGACAAGGACACAGAACCCACCUCCAUCUUGGCCUGGGACUUCCUGCGGCCUAUGCAGCCAGCUCGUCCACCUGUCGCCCACCCUCUUCUGGGAUCCGCCGUUCUGGAACUUCCCUCUACCUCUGGGCUCUGCCUUCAGCCAGGGUAGGGGGCUGUGGGAGGGCAGAUCCCAUCACAGACUGGCCUGCCUUCCUCAGGGGCCUCACUCAAAUCCACAGGAAUCUGCUGGGGCUGUGCCCUCUGGCCGGGGCAGGUGGAACUGGCCGGCGUGGCGGUGGGGAGACCACCGUGCUUCCUGUAAGGACUGGCCCAGCUGGCCCACAGGGGAACGCAUUGGAGUAACAGGAGCCUGGCCUGGCUCCCACACUCCCCGCCCCCACUCCACCAUCAGGGACUCGCGUGUAAUUGUCAUUCAUUUCCCCUCUCUGAGUUCAGCCUAGGCACAGAUCAAAUGAUUCCAUGAUGACAAACCGCCUGUCUCAGUUGACCAGAUUCCACCGGUGAACGCUCGGCUGACCUUGGGCAGCUCCCUCUGUUCCCACCUCCUUGUGCUUCUGGGGCCUUGUGGAGUAGGCUGGACAUCAGUGAUAACACUAACCAUAGCCAGCCUGUCACCAAGCUUGUCACGUAGAGGACGCCUAUGUCUGCUUCACUGGCGUCAUCUCACAAGGCCCUGAGCUGGCAGGAAAUUGAGGUCUCAAGGGGAUAAGCCACCUGCCCCCAGUGACAGCAAGGAAGUGCAAGACUCUGACCCAACCCCCAUGCCUACUAUCCCCAAACAUAGGCUCAAAACCCCUUCCCAGGGACAGCUGUGUCCACCCCUCAGCAGGAGGAGUCCCCACAGCACCAGGAAGAAAACCAUCUACCGGAGUCUGUGCCUGGCCCUGGCCCUGCUUGUGGCUGUGACCGUGUUCCAGCGCAGUCUCACCCCCGGUCAGUUUCUGCAGGAGCCUCCGCCACCCACCCUGGAGCCACAGAGGGCCCAGAAGCCAAACGGACCGCUGGUGAACUCCAACAACUUCUGGAAGAACCCGAAGGAUGUGGCCACGGCCAUGACUGUGGCCUCUCAGGGGCCCCAGGCCUGGGACGUGACCACCACUAACUGCUCAGCCAACAUCAACCUGACCCACCAGGCCUGGUUCCAGGGCCUGGAGCCGCAGUUCCGGCAGUUUCUCUUCUACCGCCACUGCCGCUACUUCCCCAUGCUGCUGAACCACCCAGAGAAGUGCGGGGGCGAUGUCUACCUGCUGAUGGUCAUCAAGUCGGUCAUCACACAGCACGACCGCCGGGAGGCCAUCCGCCAGACUUGGGGCCGCGAACGGGAGUCAGCGGGCGGGGGCCGGGGCGCCGUGCGCACCCUCUUCCUGCUGGGCACGGCCUCCAAGCAGGAUGAGCGCAUGCACUACCAGCAGCUGCUGGCCUAUGAGGACCGCCUCUACGGCGACAUCCUGCAGUGGGACUUUCUCGACACCUUCUUCAACCUGACCCUCAAGGAGAUCCACUUCCUCAAGUGGCUGGACAUCUACUGCCCCCACGUCCCCUUCAUCUUCAAAGGCGACGAUGACGUCUUCGUCAACCCCACCAACCUGCUAGAAUUUCUGGCUGACCGGCAGCCACAGGAAAACCUGUUCGUGGGUGACGUCAUGCAGCACGCUCGGCCCAUCCGCAGGAAGGACAACAAAUACUACAUCCCGGGGGCCCUGUACAGCAAGGCCAGCUACCCGCCAUAUGCAGGCGGCGGUGGCUUCCUCAUGGCCGGCAGCCUGGCCCGGCGCCUGCACCACGCCUGUGACACCCUGGAGCUCUACCCCAUCGACGACGUCUUCCUGGGCAUGUGCCUGGAGGUGCUGGGCGUGCGGCCCACGGCCCACGAGGGCUUCAAGACUUUCGGCAUCUCUCGGAACCGCAACAGCCGCAUGAACAAGGAGCCGUGCUUCUUCCGUGCCAUGCUGGUGGUCCACAAGCUGCUGCCCCCCGAGCUGCUGGCCAUGUGGAAGCUGGUGCACAGCAACCUCACCUGCUCCCGCAAGCUCCAGCUGCUCUGACCCAGGCCGGGCCACCAGGACAGGCCAGGGCACAUGCUCCUGAGCCCCCAUCAUAUCAGGGCUGGAACAGUAGUGCCCAGGCCUAGCCCUUGGUCCCCAAGGGGAGGUGGAGGGUGGAGGCCUACGUGCCACUGGGUGUGCUGGGGUGCAGAUAGCCAGAGAGGGACCUCCCUGUGUGGAUAAUUCCAGGAAACUAGGCCCAGGAACGGCUGGAGCUGCCCAGUCUGGAGGCCCUCUCCGAGAAGUGACCUGGUCCGUGGCUGGCCCCUCAAACCUGGUGGGAGGUCCUGGCGAUCUCUGGAGGUACUGUGCUCAGGUACCUGGGCUAGGCUUGGCCUGAUGAGUCUGUGGCAGCCCCUCAUCUUCACAGGGAAGAGUCUUCUGUGAAAUGCCUCAGUCUCCCCAGCGGCCAGGCGGGCCUGGCCGGAGAAACCUGACCCUGUGCAGGCUCACAGGCGCCCCCAGGCCACGCGAUGGUCUCCCAGCAGGCUCUCCACAGCCCCAGGCCUGCCUGCAGCCGGGCCGUCUCCCCUCUGGGGCCUUGGCUCCUGGCUGUGUCCUGUAACACCUAGAGGGGCAACCGCUCUAACUACCUCAGUGCCCCUCAGAACCUCCCACCCCACCCCAAAACAGGGCAGAAGAGCAGCACUCCUGGCCCCCCGAAACCCCAGUGCUGCCAACCCCAGCCAGAGGUGAGUCCCUCCCGCAGUUCCCACCCCCCCAGGCCUGGCUCCCUGGCUGGAAAGCAGCCGCUUUGGCCCUGGAAGUGGACAUUCCUCUAUUACUGUGAAGUCUUAUUUAUGAAGAAUGUGGAGGGAGAAGGCUCCAGGCUUCAGGAGGGGGUGGUGUCCUCCCUGGCCCCCCUCCUUCCCUUCCCUCAUUCCAGCUGCCUGCCCCCAGCACCCCCAGGCCCCUCAUAGCCCCCUCCAGAGCCCUGCCCCCCUGCAUCCUGCUUCUGCAGGGCUUAGUGGACCAGCGGCUGCCCUGUGCAAGGUGGCUCAGCCGUGGAGUGGUGCAGAACAUUGCCACCUCCUACCUCAGCAGGGGUCACCUAGGAAAGAUGGAGGGAUCGACUAUUUUCUCAAUAAAAUGGGACUUUUUUUUUUUUUUUUCUGGUGUGAAACUGCCUGUUCCCAGGUCCAUCAGAGAGCCUGUCUGGGGCUGAGGUUGCCAGAUUUCGGAAGACACAGUUUGUUCCUUGUUCUUGGCUGGGGGAUACACAAGGACUUCUUGAAGGGAUGUAGAGGGGGCUGAGUGCUGGAUUACAGUGGGGAUGGGGGUGUGGCAACAGAAAGAUGCGGGAGCUAGCAGUGCACCCGGCCCUUGCCUGUGCCCUGGUGGACAGCUGAGCUGUGGCUCAGGCGUGGACCAGUGCCUUCCUGUCCCUGCCAAGGGUGAGGCCAGAGUUGGCCUGAGGCUAAUGUUUUGGUGGGUGGGAUUAGAUCAGUGUGCUGAGGCCGGUGGGCUCCCUGAGGCACCUUCCAGUGAAAGCACUGAAGUGGCUUAUGGCCCUGUGCCAGGGACCUUGGCCCCAGCUGCUGACCUCCAGGAUGGGGAGGGAGCUGCCUCCCAGAAGAGCCACUCAGGCAGCAGUAGAGCAAGCCGGCGGCUCCCUGCCUGCACCCAGCUCAGGGGAAUCCCAGAGGGGUCAGAUGCCCCUGGAGGGAAAGGGGACAGCACUGCUCUUUCUCCCUCCCCAGCACGGGUCUUCCCACAGUUCCCUCUCAGCCAGCUGGCUGCAUAAUUUGCAGAGCCCAGUGCAAAAUGAAAUUACAGGACCCUGGUUCUAAAAAGGUAUUAAGAAUUU